AGAAAAAGGGUUGGAGUGUGAGAGUCCUUUCAUUUGUAGAGAGAGCUUUUCUUAUCUACCGCACAACUCUUUUGUUUCUGCUCUUCUCUUCGCUUGGCUUCUCCCGUCGUCGUCGCCCAUUCGAUAACGGGGAGUGAAAUGGCUCUUAUACAAUUUGGAAGCUCAUGUGUUGCUGCUCAGUGGGGGAUUCGUCGUCCUCAGGUCUUUGCCGUCAAAGCUUCUUACUAUCCAACUAGAUUGGAAUCUCACCAAGACAAGAGUUGCGUCAGCCAAAUAAAUAGUUUGGGAGCUUCACAGUCGAGUAUGUUCUCACAUGGCUCCUUGCCCUUCUUGUCACUUGUAACGGGACAGUCCCGUAAUACACAUUCUCGUAGAGGAGCUCGCUUCACCGUUAGAGCCGACACUGAUUUCUAUUCUGUCCUUGGAGUCUCCAAAACUGCAACCAAAGCUGAGAUUAAAAGCGCUUAUCGGAAGCUAGCUAGGAGUUACCAUCCGGACGUUAACAAGGAUGCUGGGGCAGAAGAUAAAUUCAAAGAAAUAAGUAAUGCAUAUGAGAUCUUGUCAGAUGAUGAGAAAAGAUCUCUAUAUGACAGAUAUGGAGAGGCAGGAAUUAAAGGCGCCGGAAUGGGAGGCAUGGGGGAUUACAGUAAUCCUUUUGAUCUAUUCGAGUCCCUAUUCGAAGGAAUGGGUGGGAUGGGAGGUGGAAUGGGUAGUAGAGGUGGUGCAAGGAGCAGAGCUAUCGACGGCGAAGACGAGUACUACUCUCUAAUCUUGGAUUUCAAAGAAGCUGUGUUUGGUAUCGAGAAAGAGAUUGAGAUCUCCCGGUUGGAGAGCUGCGGGACUUGCAACGGCUCAGGCGCUAAAGCCGGAACCAAACCGACCAAGUGCAAAACAUGCGGUGGCCAAGGACAGGUGGUAGCGUCCACGAGGACACCACUCGGUGUGUUCCAACAAGUCAUGACUUGCUCUCCCUGUAACGGAACAGGAGAGGUUUCAAAACCGUGCGGCGCUUGCUCAGGAGACGGACGUGUGAGGAGGACUAAAAGGAUUAGUCUCAAAGUCCCCGCGGGUGUGGAUUCAGGUAGCAGGUUGAGAGUGAGGGGAGAAGGGAACGCAGGGAAGAGAGGUGGAUCAGCUGGUGAUCUCUUUGCGGUUAUUGAGGUGAUUCCUGAUCCUAUCUUGAAGAGGGAUGAUACGAAUAUACUCUAUACGUGCAAGAUAUCGUAUGUGGAUGCGAUAUUGGGGACGACUUUGAAGGUUCCAACGGUUGAUGGGACGGUUGAUUUGAAAGUACCCGCUGGGACGCAGCCGAGCACGACGCUUGUGAUGGCGAAGAAGGGAGUACCGGUGUUGAACAAGAGUAAGAUGAGAGGUGAUCAGUUAGUGAGAGUGCAGGUUGAGAUACCGAAGAGGUUGAGUAAAGAAGAGAAGAAACUUGUUGAAGAGCUUGCUGAUAUGAGCAAGAACAAGGUAGCUGCUAAUAGCAAGAGAUGAAGAAUGUGGUGGGGUUACAUUAGAAUCAUCGUCCUCUCUCUGCUGGGAAUCUUUAUUUAUGUUUCUUCUAUAGUGAUGAAGAAGAAAGAAGAAAGAAGAAAGAAGAAAGACUUUAUUAGGUGAGAGGAAAAUUGAAGAAAGACUUUCUUUGGUUUUUUCCUCUGUAAUUUUUGUUUUUUGCUUUCUACUUUUAAAACAGGUUUUCAUGGUGGAUUGAUUCAGGGCUCAGAAUAGGUCUUGUGUUGUAUUGUACUGCUAUUCAUAUAUUUGAAUCUACUUUAUUUUGA